AAGGAGUACGCGCCGCACGAUGUUUAGCGAAACGCGAUUCGCACGGAGAGACAAAGGUCCGCGGGCCGUUCUCUGCCCGCGGCUCGCGGGUUCCGGUUCGCCGCCGCCGCCACCGCCGCAGUCUCGUUCCAACCGGUCUCGCGUGCCCACCCAUAAAACCCGAACGGACGUCCGCGCGGGCUUCCAGUGCAACGUUCGACCGUUCGCCGCAGUACACCCGGGCGCCGUUCGACUAACCCGCCUUGCCGAGAUCCGGACCGCGCAAACCGCGUGCGAGCAAUCGCUGGACGACACCCAUGGAAUCGCGUCGUUCCGCCGGCCGUCGGCGUUCGACCGGCAGCGCGGUGGCCGCGAUGAUCGUCGCAGCCGCGGCGCUGUCCGCGACUCCGGUCAGCGGCGGAAUCAUUUCGGGCCGCGUGUCCGCGUUCGUAAUGUCGAGGCCGGCGCCGUACUACAGCACCGGCUCCGUCACCCGGCACCCGAUUCCGUCGCCCGAAGCGCGACUCCAACGCGAUCGCUACGACACCGGUCGUCCUCUGCGCGUCAACUUCAAUAACUAUUUUUACCCGUACCAGAGCAAUUACGUGUACGCGGGCAAAGCGCUGCGACCGACGACAAAAACGACGCAAGCCACCGUCGUCGUCGCCGCCGUUUCAAAUCCUUCGGGCAAGACACCGUCGUCGCCGUCCAAAACGGCCGAAUCGACAAGGCCAGACGGCGACAACAAGAACGAGAAAAAGCCCGUCGCCGUAACGGUGGUCCAGGAAAACCCGAAGCUGGAGACCACCACGCAGGACCGAACUAUCAUAAUUGCACCGGUGAGACCGUGUCCCGAAGGUAUGCGUAUGGGCCCCGACAGAAACUGCAAGCCCAACUUUGACGAUCCAAAUUAAUAAUCGCGUCAAAUUUAUAUCUAAGUACAUAAUAUUCUCAACAAUUUAUAUUUUUUUUCGCCGGCCCUUAUCUAUUUAAUUUUAUUUAUAAUAAUUUAUUUAAAAUCAUCUCGAAAACCUCCGAUAAUGGAUUAUCUAUUUAUUUAUUUAUUUGUAUUGUUUCUUUUGUUUUUUUUUUUUUUUUAUGAGUAAUAAGAUUAAAAUAUUUUUCUACAUGAAC